AUGGAUUGUCACGAACCGGUGGAUGAUUAUUGCCAUGCACUUCAGGCUGAUCAUCUCCAAAUCCCACCGAAUUCGAGUGAUUCGGAUCAGUUCUUCAUAGCCAUUGAAGUGGAAGUGACGCAGCCCUCAGUGGAAUCAGAUUCAGAAGACGACGAUGGCGGCGCUCCUCCUGAUUUACGAGUUUACCACUUGGAGACGUUGGGAUUGUGGGUCCCAUGCCCGAGGACGGAGCGCGGGAACUUGCCGGCGUCGGAGAUUUCGGGGAUGCUGUCGAGGGCCGGAGUGCCUCUGCACAAGCACAAGUACAUGACGGGCCAGAUAUCCUUGCGGGCCGACGAGAUUGCCAACGCGGCUCGCAAUAAGGGAACACGAGUCCUGCCUAUGCAGGUCUUCAUCAGCAUCGUUGCUUGUUCCUGUUAUGGAGAGGCGGUUGUCGAUCCAUAG